AUGGAGAAAGCCGCUUUAAAGCCUGGCACAGAGAAGGCACUCGUAGCAUUAUCUGGAGGACCAUCAUCUAGUGUUAUGUUACAGUUAUUAUAUGAAUAUAAUCGAGAAGAACCUCAUAAAAAGUCGAAAAAGCAAGUAUUUAAAAGCGUCGAAGUUUGUUUCAUUGACGAAUCGGCAAUUGUUGGAGAGCAAGGCAUAGUCGAGAAUGUAUUACAGAUGGUACAAAAGCUAAACUAUAAUUUCAUGAGGAUUCCCUUGGAAGAUGUUUUCUCACCAGACUAUACAAUCUCUGGAGUAUAUGAUGAUGUACUCAAGAUAACCACUGACAGCAUCCACAGAAAGCCAUCUCAAGAAUUGUUUCACAGUAUUCAACAACAGUCGGGCAGUAUAUCUAAUAGAGAUAAAUUAAAGGCCCUACUUGACGGCGCGAGUAAAAUGACGGUCAAAGAAGAUUUUGUUUGUUAUUUGAAAUUGAGCCUGUUACUUCAUUAUGCCCAGAAAAAAAAUUGUACAAGACUGUUUCUGGGAGAUUCAUCGACGCGCUUGGCAAUAAAAACGAUCUCUCUAACAAGUAAAGGACGAGGGUUUAGUUUACCACUUGAGAUUGCCGGGGAGGUGCAGUGGUUUGGGGAUAUAAAAGUCAUGAGGCCGAUGAAGGAUAUGCUAAGCAAAGAGAUUGGAUUGUAUAAUCAGUUCUUAGAUUUGGAUAGUGUAUUCAUUCCUUCCUUGACCACCAUGCUCCCACCCAAGGCUAGUAUCGAAAGAUUAACCGAAGACUUCAUUGUCGGACUAGAAAGAGACUAUCCAUCAACCGUGAGCACUGUUGCAAGAACAGCGGCAAAGCUUAAACCGUCUGAAUUAAUGCAAGAUGAAAAGUGCAUAAUAUGUUUAAU